GAUACAUUUUAUUGGUUUAGAGUCCUGUAUACAGAAUCGUUUAGGGAUGAAGAGUGUCCUUGUGGUCGUGGUGGCAACACUAUUUCUGUCCAGCAAUCUUCAUUCUAGCUCUGCUUCUAAGCACUGUCCGACGGACCGCGGCUACAGAUGGGUCGGCUCGUACUGCCUGCGAUUUGUGAACAAUAAAGUGUCGUGGGACAGCGCCAGUGACGUUUGUAAGAAUGAGGGUGGGCAUCUGUUGAGGUUAGACGACCGGUCCAAAAUGAAUUACCUUACCAAAUGGAUGCGGGACAACGAUUUGUGGAACUGGUAUUGGGUAGAUGGCAAAGACAUUGGCGAUAAAAACUUUGUGUGGUCAUCUAAUGGCCAACAGGUAGGCUCCAAUCUGUGGCUCAUUGGCGAACCCAACCACUUAUUGGGCAGUAGACCGUUCUGUGCACGACUCAAAGCCGGGUUCUCCGAUGGCCUUGCAGAUACUGGAUGUAGCUAUGGCAGUCAACCCUAUGUUUGUGAAAAUGAAUCCGAAAACGGAGAAUGGGGAGAAUGGGGAUCAUGGACCCCCUGUUCUCUUUCAUGUGGGAGCGGACGUCAAUCUCGAAGUCGUUCCUGUGAUAACCCAAAACCAAAUGGUCUUGGGGCAACGUGUCCUGGUUCAUCUUAUGAAAUACAAACCUGCAACACACAGCCAUGUCCAGUUGACGGGGCUUGGGCAGCCUGGGCCGGUUGGGCCCUAUGUUCAAAGACGUGUGGGGGUGGUACUAUGAUGAGAAGCCGCACAUGUACAAACCCGAAACCUAACUACGGAGGAAAAGACUGUGUUCAAGGGAAUGCAGCGCAAACCAUAAAGUGCAACGAGAACGAUUGUCCAAUUGACGGAGCUUGGGCAGACUGGUCCGGUUGGACCAAAUGUACAAGGACGUGUGGAGGUGGUACCAUGAUGAGAAGUCGUACAUGUACCAACCCAAAACCUCAACACGGAGGAAAAGACUGUACUCAGGGGAAUGCAACGCAAUUAACACAAUGCAAUUUAAGCGAUUGUCCAACGUGUCAACUUCAUGACGUCCCUGGGACCACUAGAUCCGUGCUUGGCCCACGACUGAAGGAGAACGAGUCAGUGCGAUACUAUUGCUUGCCGGAAUAUAAGCUUGUUGGAGGCAGCGAAAUACGUACAUGUCAGGCGAAUGGGUCUUUGUCUAACGAAGAACCUAAAUGUACCAAAUGUUGUGGAGAGGCACGAAAUAUCCCAAAUGGACUCCCAGACGUGCCCUCUGGCCUUUGCUUCGGAGAUACUGUUACCUAUCAGUGUGAAAGCGGCUAUAAAUUAUCCAAUGACACUACCAUCACUUGCAUGUCCCCAGAUGAAUGGCGAUACAUAGAAUUACCUAAGUGCGAAGCGGAUGGAAACUGUAACUCCAGUGCCAUUGCUGGACCAGCAGGUGGUUAUAAAGCAUGUUCCGGAAGUGACACGGAUAAAGUAUGCUAUAUGCAUUGUUCCAACGGUAAAACAUACACGAGUGACCAUAGUAUAUUUGAAUGUGGGGCUAAGACAGGCUGGGAGUGGAAAGUUCCUAUGAGAGGUGGAAACAAUUAUUUGCGAGGAACUGUAGGAAAAUGCGAAGUACCUGACGAUCCAGUGAGGCUUUUAAUGUUCCUUGAGGGAUGUGAUUUAACACUACAAACCUCUGAAUUGACGGAAGCUUUAAAAAAGGAAAUAAAGAAAGAAAUGAUGAAAAAGUUGGAUGCUCUAAAUAUAUGCUCAGAUCCUUGUCAGAUCAGAGACAUUGAAAUAGAAACCAUCAAAGCCAAUAUUUAUAGACGAGUAGUGCCCCAAGAGAAGCUAUUACGCAUGAAGAUCACUUUAUUUGCUGCUCCUCCCAAAGGGUCCGUCACCACCGAGCAAUCUGCAAGAAUAGAACUGUCUAAGGCCAUGAAGUUGUUGAACACGAAGGCGGCAGCACUUAAGCAGGCGAUAUUAUCCCAGUCCAUAACGUUACAUAUCAAUGGCACUCCCGCAAAAGUGGGAGGGACAAACUUGCGGAUUUCCGGACCAUCUUUGGCGUGUCCUGCAGGUUCCAUUAGGAAAGCCUUUGAAUGCUUCAACUGCCCGGCGGGAACAUACCAUAAUGAGGCUGAAAAGAAAUGCUCCUCGUGUCCAUUUGGUCAGUAUCAGGACGAACGCGGUCAGAUGUCCUGUAAAUUGUGCCCAAAUGGCACAACUACGGAUAGAAUUGGGGUCACCAACUCUUCUCAGUGCAGGGAAUACGAAGGAUGCGACUGUGGCAUCCACCCAUGCACCCUCAAUGAUACUGCCUUCAAAUGCGACUGUCUUCCCGGAUAUGAGGACACUAAUGGAACGUGUACAGAUAUUGACGAAUGCUUUACUGAUGUUUGUCCUCCAAAUUCCCGCUGCAUCAACAAAGAGGGAUCGUAUAGAUGUGAAUGCUUGGCUGGCUUCAAGGGAGGGCCUUGUACUGAUAUAGAUGAAUGUAUAAUCCCCUCCACGUGUUCCGACCCCAGGACUCAGUGUGUUAACACCGUGGGGAGUUAUGACUGCAUAUGUCGUCGUGGGUUCUACGGAGAUAACUGUGAACGUAACUGCCCGGUGGGCUUUGUGCAAGGUGACAGUAGCUGCUACUUGAUAACGGAGAAGAUGGUGACUUCUGACGAUGGACGUCUCAUGUGUGAAAGAGCUUACAACGGGUCACAUCUGGUUGACGUCAAGGACAAAAGGACUUUCAAAUUUGUCACAAAAAUUCUUCAGGCCUCCGGAUCAUAUUGGACAGGUUUGAACGACCGAUCACAAGAAGGAAAAUUCGUCUACAGUGACGGGAGUCAAAUGUCUGCGUAUAGUGAAUGGGGCAACGGUAACGCCCAGCCGUCGUUCAAUGACCCUACGAAAAACUGCGUCAUUAUAGACGGGUCAGCAGCGUUCAUGUGGUCAGUUGUUGACUGCAACGAGAAACACUUGGCUCUUUGUGAGCUUGAAAGAGGUUAACUGGAAAGAUUAACAUCGAGUAAAAACAAAUCUAUAAGAGCUACAGGUAUCACAGUUAAUCAUUAUCCAUAAUGGUGAGGAGCUGUUAUGGCUCUUGGUCAAUGGAGAUUGAUGAACGUUUGAUGAAUAUUUGUCUCUGUAUUCCAUGAACGCUUUAGUGAAGUGAGACGAUCGACAGAUGAUAAAUGUAUGAGGCCACUUUCCGACCCUAAAUUUAAUUUCGGGGGAUUUUGUUUUAAGAGCUUGAGGGCUUGAAAAUUCACUGAAUAAGAAUAAAUCAACUUUAUCAAGCUGUACACAUGGAUAUGUGUUUUAACAGUGGGAUAUUUUUAAGGUUUCAGUUCUAAUAUGCAUGUGGCAUUGUUUAACAGGAAUAUAUUUAGGAAUUAAUGUAGCUUGCAAAGAAAAUGAAUCAAUGCUAAUUAUUUAACGAGUCUUUUUUCCUUAUCAUGCAAUAAAUUACGUUUUGGUUACCGAUUGGUUCAACAGUGUUAUUCCAAUUUCAUUGAUUUAAUAAAUUUGAUUCCAGAAUAACGAAUGUGUUUUAAUUGACAACCAGAAACGCACAACUACAAUUAAGAGAAUUAAUUGUAUUUAUGUAGCAAAUGGUUUGUUUUAGUGGUGCUAUUAACUUUUUGGUAAUA